UUUGCUUAAAUAACUUUUACUCAUAAACAACUAGAGAACUUUUAUGCUGCAGUCAAACACUAAUCUCUCGCAGUUCCCACAAUAAUUACACUUAGUUAAUUUGUGGUCAUUAGUUAACAUCAACCCUAGUUCGCACAUGUCAGGAGGCACCAGUUGCACGCGUUUGGGGCACAACAAUAAAACACAACAUUAAAAAUGGAACAAACGAAACCAUUUUACGACUUUUGCGUACUAUUCAACCAAGAUGACAAGCAAAUGCGCGCCAUACUCAACGAGCUGGUGGAGUUGGGCUAUAAGACGAUUGCCAUCGAUCAGAGCUUCGACCACAGCAAGAAGGAUGCCGGCAAACGUGGCUCCGAGAUGUUUCCCGCACCCCACAGCAUUGAGCAUUUGCGGAAGGAGUUUGCCGACAAACUGAGAAUAUUACAAAGGAUAACUAUACUCUUUGUGGAUGCAAAUCUAUCUCAUGCGAUGAGUGUUUCCUAUAAUCUGCGCAAGUUCAAUCUUAUUGCUGGACAGCCCAAAACCGAUGCCGCACUGACACAUUGCUGCACCACCUUCGCGGGCGACAUUAUAACCUUCGAUCCUGUAGCUGGCUCGAGGCUUUUGGUCAACAGAAAAGCGUACCAGGUGGCCGUGCGUCGUGGCAUGUUCUUCGAGAUCAAAUAUGCCCCAGCCAUUGCCGACUCCAACAAUCGCAAGGACAUGAUUAAGUUGGCCCAGAACUACUCCAUCAAGGGCAAGUCCAAGAACAUAAUCCUCAGCAGUGGAGCAGAGCACGAGUUUCAGCUACGCGGACCCUACGAUGUGGCCAAUCUAGCCUUUAUAUUUGGUUUAUCGGAGGAUCAGGGCAAGAACGCUGUAGAUCGUUUCUGUCGUCAGAUCUUUCUGCGUGCCGAAUCGCGACGUUUGGGCAAAACAAUAAUGUUUGUUAAGGGAAAUGGACCCAUAGUGUUUUCCGACAGUUCCGACGAAGACCAAAGCGAAGCGGAAGAUGACGAAAUGGAUGGGGUAGUCACCGAAAUGCCAAAUGACGGUGAAGAUGAACAGGAAACUGAUAUAAAACCAGCCAAUAAAAGACUGAAAGUGGCGUAAA